GUCUCUUAAUAUUUUCCCUUAAAAGUUUGCCAUUGAAACUUCCUUUUCAGUUCGUCGCUGCUUUACUCAUUCUCUAGGGUUUCAAUUUUUGUUUCUUGGUUUUGUUAUUAGACUCGAGUAGCUUCUGUUUCAACUCACAAAGUAUCAGCCUUUUUUUCUUUUUCCUUUGUCGGAUUUUGUAGCAUUUGCACUUUGCAGAGUCCUCUCUGUUUUGUUUCAACUCACCAAGUUCUGAUUGCGAUUUAGAAUCUGAAAUGGGCGAGCCGCUUGGACUGCUCCAGGUGACUGUUAUUCAAGGAAAGAAACUGGUGAUCCGAGAUUUCAAGUCAAGUGAUCCUUACGUGAUAGUCAAAUUAGGAAAUGAGUCAGCCAAGACCAAAGUGAUCAACAAUUGCCUGAAUCCAGUGUGGGAUGAGGAACUGAGCUUCACACUGAAAGAUCCUGCAGCAGUUCUGGUAUUGGAGGUGUUUGAUAAAGAUAGGUUCAAGGCAGAUGACAAGAUGGGCCAUGCCUCUCUCAGCCUUCAACCGCUUAUCUCAGUUGCCAGACUAAGACAUAUAGUCCGCGUGUCCUCUGGUGAGACAACGCUUAGGAAGGUGUUACCGGAUCCAGAGAACUGCGUAUCUCGGGAGAGCACAAUCAGUUGCAUAGACGGAGAGGUGGUGCAGAGCGUGUGGCUGAGGCUGUGUGCUGUUGAAUCGGGUGAGAUUGAGUUGAAGAUAAAGUUGAUUGAUCCUCCUGGAACAAACAAGUAGCAAUAGGGAGGGUAUUAUUAUGUACGAGAUCCGUUUGUCUAGUAUAAUUGCAAAAACAUGUAUGGUCUUGUCUUUGUUUCCAAGUGAAAAUGUGAAACGGGCUUAAAAUAUGUGUACCUUAGUUGUGACAGACCAUGCACUCACCAAUUUUUAUAACCCUGUUUAGGAAUCUUUGAGAUACAUUGUACUGUUUCUUGCUGUU